AUUAGUGCAUUGCAAGAAGACCUACGCCCGAUUUGUCGGCGAGCUGCUGAGGCGUGGCCUGAUCGACCUCAGCGAGCGGACCGAGAGCACGGUGGGCAUCUUCUUCUGUUUCAAGAGCGACAAGCGGUCCAUGCGCAUGAUCGCGGACACGCGGGUGGCGAACAGGCGUUUCCGACUUCCAGCAAAUUCGGAGCUUCCGACGGCAGGGGCUUGGAGCAGCCUGACCGUGCCGGAGGGCAAGUCCUUCCACUUGUCCCAGAUGGACGUGGACGACGCGUUCUACAGGAUCGCCGCCCCACUGGGGCUGCGGGACCAUUUCGCGCUGCCCGUCGUUGACCUCGACGAGCUCCGGGCGGAGAGGCCCGACCUGGCCGGGCAGCUGCCUGCCUGGCGGAAGGCGUCUCCUCGGCUGGCGGCCCUCGCCAUGGGCUGGAGCUGGGGCCUCUUCUUCUGCCGGCAAAUGGUGGAGACGCAGGUGCUUCGGAGCGGCCUGGCGUGGGAGCGGCUGGCGCGUGACCGGCACCCCACGCCGGCCCUCGAGGAGGGGCCCGCGGCCGCCGUCUACGUCGAUGGGGCCGCCGUGGUCGGGCUCGACUACGCCGAGACCCUGGAGACGGGCCAGCGGGCGCGCGACUCGCUGGACGCGGCGACAUUCACCGGCCUGGCGUUCGACGAGGCGAAGGGCCGCGUUGGGCUGAGCCGCCGGCGCGCGUGGCCCAUUCGGUUGAGUCUGCUGCACGUCGCCGACCGCGGCUCGGCCACCGGCGACGAGAUGCGGGUGCUCCUCGGCCACUUCACGUGGGGCGCCCUGGCGCGGCGGGAGCUGCUGUCGAUCUUCUCGGCGGCCCACCGGUUCGCGACCUGGGCUGGCGGGCGGCGGCGUCGCCAGUGGAGCGCCGCGGAGGCGGAGCUCCGCAUCGCCGCUGCGCUCAUCGUGUUCGGCCACGUGGACUGCCGCCGCCGCCCAGACCCCGCGGCGCUGGCCACCGACGCCUGCGGAGCCACGGACAACGACGCGGGCGGGUUCGACGUGGAGAGUCGCGCUUGGGACCCGCGCGACGUUGCUCGGGCCUGCGCCCAGGCGGAGCGGUGGCGCUACCGCGUCGCCGAGGCGGUCACAGCCCGGGCGCACGCCCAUGGGUUCUUGGAGUGCCCGCCUGCCAUCUCUCCCUCGUGUGCUGGGAAAAGUUUGAGCGCCCCCUUGGGUUCGCCGCUCGCGCGGACUCCGCCACCUUCCUCGGACUUUGACCGGGCCUUCGGGGACAUGUACUCGGGGACCGUCUCGUUCGAGCAGAUCACAUCAGAGCACGUCGGCAGUCUCGAGUCGCGGCAGCUCCAGGUCAAGGGCAUGAUCAGCCGAGCCGAGAACAUCAUCCGUCUCGAGGGGCACGGG